UCUGUUUUCAUUUCAGUCUUAAUGAAAACUUUUAAAUUUACAUCUCAAGUUUCUUUUCAAAGCAGCGUAAGUAGUAUUUACAAUUUUACACUUCAAGAAAGAAGGACUUUUAACGAUGCUCAGCUUUAGUCUUGUAAUGUUGAAGGUAAUUCACUUUUUAAUCUGUCUGCACAGCGAGAACUGAAACGGAUGGGGAUUGAACUGCUUUGCCUGUUCUUUCUAUUUCUAGGAAGGAAUGAUCACGUACAAGAAUUUUACCCAUCUAUCUGGAGUUGGAGAAAGGUGUGAUACUCCAGCAAAUCUUUUAGCUAAAGGAUGUCAACUAACCUUCAUCGAAAACCCUGUCUCCCAAGUAGAAAUACUUCUAAAUAAGCCUCUCAGUGUAGGCAGACAGAAAAAUAGUUCCAGCAUCGUUCAGAUUGCCCCUCAAAACUUAGCUCUUAAACUGAGACCAGGCAGUGAACAGACUCUGCAAGUUCAAGUUCGCCAGACCGAGGAUUACCCGGUGGACUUGUAUUACCUCAUGGACCUCUCAGCCUCCAUGGAUGAUGACCUCAACACAAUCAAAGAGCUAGGCUCCCUGCUUUCCAAGGAGAUGUCUAAAUUAACUAGCAACUUUAGACUGGGCUUCGGCUCUUUUGUAGAAAAACCCAUCUCCCCUUUUAUGAAAACAACACCAGAAGAAAUCGCCAACCCUUGCAGUAGUAUUCCAUACAUUUGUUUACCUACAUUUGGAUUCAAGCACAUUUUGCCGUUGACAAAUGAUGCAGAAAGAUUCAAUGAAAUUGUGAAGAAUCAGAAAAUUUCUGCUAAUAUUGACACCCCAGAAGGUGGAUUUGAUGCAAUUAUGCAAGCUGCUGUAUGUAAGGAAAAAAUUGGCUGGCGUAACGACUCCCUCCAUCUCCUGGUCUUUGUGAGCGAUGCUGACUCUCAUUUUGGAAUGGACAGCAAACUGGCAGGCAUCGUCAUUCCUAACGACGGGCUCUGUCACUUGGACAGCAAGAAUGAAUACUCCAUGUCAACAGUCUUGGAAUAUCCAACAAUUGGACAACUCAUUGAUAAACUGGUGCAAAAUAACGUAUUAUUGAUCUUUGCUGUAACCCAAGAACAAGUUCAUUUGUAUGAGAAUUAUGCAAAACUCAUUCCUGGAGCUACAGUAGGGGUACUUCAGAAGGACUCUGGAAACAUUCUCCAGCUGAUCAUCUCGGCUUACGAAGAACUCCGGUCUGAGGUGGAGCUGGAGGUGUUAGGAGACACAGAAGGACUCAACCUGUCAUUCACAGCUGUCUGUAAUACUGGGACCCCCUUUCCACACCAAAAGAAAUGCUCUCACAUGAAGGUGGGAGACACAGCUUUGUUCAAUGUGACUGUGAGUAUACCAAACUGUGAGAGAAGAAGCAGGCACAUUGUCAUAAAGCCUGUGGGGCUGGGGGACGCCCUGGAGAUCCUUGUCAGUCCAGAAUGCAGCUGUGACUGUCAGAAGGAAGUGGAGGUGAACAGCUCCAGAUGCAGCAAUGGAAACGGAUCCUUCCAGUGUGGAGUGUGCGCCUGUCACCCUGGCCACAUGGGUCCUCACUGCGAGUGUGGGGAGGACACACUGAGCACUGACUCCUGCAAGGAGGCCCCGGAACUCCCCGCGUGCAGCGGAAGAGGCGAUUGCUACUGCGGGCAGUGCAUCUGCCACUUGUCCCCCUAUGGAGACAUUUACGGCCCUUACUGCCAGUGUGACAAUUUCUCCUGCGUGAGACACAGAGGGCUGCUCUGUGGAGAUAACGGCGACUGUGACUGCGGCGAGUGCGUGUGCAGGAGCGGCUGGACGGGCGAGUACUGUAACUGCACCACCAGCACGGAGCCCUGCAUCUCCGAAGACGGGGCGCUCUGCAGCGGGCGAGGGGGCUGUGUGUGCGGCAAGUGCGUUUGCACGAACCCCGGAGCCUCGGGACCCACCUGCGAACGUUGUCCCACCUGUGGCGAUCCCUGUAACUCUAAAUGGAGCUGCAUUGAAUGCUACCUGUCUGCAGAUGGCCAGGCCGGAGAAGACUGUGUUGACAAAUGCAAAUUAGCUGGUGCGACCAUCAAUGAACAAGAAGAUUUCUCAAAGGAUAGUUCUGUUUCCUGUUCUCUGCGAGGAGAAAAUGAAUGUCUUAUUACAUUCCUGAUAACUACAGAUAACGAAGGGAAAACCAUCAUUCACAGCAUUAAUGAGAAAGACUGUCCAAAACCUCCUAAUAUUCCCAUGAUCAUGUUGGGGGUUUCGCUGGCUAUUCUUCUCAUUGGAGUCGUCCUACUGUGCAUUUGGAAGCUGCUGGUGUCAUUUCAUGAUCGGAAAGAAGUUGCCAAAUUUGAAGCAGAAAGGUCAAAGGCCAAGUGGCAAACGGGAACCAAUCCACUGUACAGAGGCUCCACCAGUACCUUUAAAAAUGUAACCUAUAAACACAGGGAAAAACAAAAGGUAGACCUUUCCACGGAUGGAUAGAACUACUUUACGCACGGAAAAAGUCUGUUUCACUGAUAUGAAAUGUUAAUGCACUAUUUAAUUUUUCUUUCUUUGUUGUUUCAAAAUGAGGUUGGUUUAA